CCGGCGUGUCAUUUUCUUUUUUCGCUUCCUUAAGACAGAAGCCGCAACAUCAACAUCCGCAGACAUAUCAACGUAGAAAAAUAACGUUUAUUGUCAAACAGGUGUCUGAGGAUGUCGGGGCAGAAGCGUCCUGGAGACCCCAGCGGCCCCUCGUCCUCCGGGGCGCCGGCUGAGAAGCGCAGGGAGCGAGAUGGUGAAGACGGAGGUCCAGGUGUGUCUGCAGGGGGGAGCACCGCAGUGGAGACGGUGAUCAAGCUCGGAGGCGUGUCCAACUCGGAAGAACAAGACAUUAAAGCAUUGCAGGCUAAGAACCGUAAGCUUGGAGAAGCCCUUGACCAAAGACAGGUGAUUGAGGAUGAACUGCGAGAACGAAUUGAGAGACUGGAAACCCGACAGGCUACUGAUGAUGCCAGUCUGCUCAUCCUCAACCGAUACUGGAACCAGCUCGAUGAAAACAUCAAACUCACCAUCAGGCGUCAUGACCAGUCAUUUAGUGAACCUGAGAAAUCUCCUCCUGGUGAGGGACGCAACCUCAAGCCAGACACUCCAGAGCCUGAUGGAGACUCAAACCAGGAGAGGGCCAAAGACAGAGGCCACCAGGGAGAGACCUCCAAUUCCUUCCUCGCCACCUUGGCUAGCAGCACCAGUGAAGAGAUGGAGGCUGAGCUUCAGGAGCGAGUGGAAUCCAGUCAGAAACAGGCCUCUCGUGUCGUGGAGAUCUAUGAAUGUUUGAAGAGCACAGUGGACCAACUGAGAGCGGAGAUUGACUCUGGAGUCGGGGACAGUUUGUGGCUGACAGCUUCUAAACUGAACAACCUGCUGAGCAUGGAGAAUGAGAGACUCCAACAACUGACAGAGGACCUGAAGCAGAAGCACAGUCAGAUGACCAGCGAGUCCCGAUCUCUGGGCCGUGCUGCCAACAAAGCUGACCAGAGCGUCAGUGAGCUGCAGGUGAAGAUUGAGGAGCUCCAGUGGGACAUGGAGAAAAUCAGACGCAGAGAAAACCGACUUAAUGCGCACCUGAGUGAAAUACUGGAGAGGGUCAAUAGCAAAGGCUACAAAGUAUGUGGGGAGGCCAGCAGUGUGUGUGGGACCAUCACCAUUAACAAAAGAAAGUUUGAGGAGAUGAACAGUGAGCUUGAGGAGAACCAGGAGCUGGCAGAUAAUCGUCUCAUUGAGCUUCAAAAGCUGCAGCAGGACCUGCAGAAUGUUGUCCAAGAGAACAACAACAUGAAGGCUGAGGUACUCAGCCGAGCUGAGGGUGUGGUGAAAGACACUUCGGAGUAUCGAUGUCUACAGUCCCAGUUUUCUGUUCUGUACAAUGAGUCGCUGACGCUCAAGGCCCAGCUCGACGAAACCCGCGCACGUCUGAAUACGACCAGGACAGCGCGGCUUCGGCAGCUGGAGCACAUGGAGAACGAUGAGGUGGCUCUGCAGAGGAAGGUUCGCACCGAGGUGUUUCAGCUGGAAGACACUUUGGCUCAGGUCAGAAAAGAGUACGAGAUGUUGCGGAUUGAAUUUGAACAGACCCUUGCUGCCAACGAACAAGCGGGUCCCAUUAACAGAGAGAUGCGGCAUCUUAUCAGCACGCUGCAGACACACAACCAGCAGAUGAAGGGAGAGGUUGUCAAGUUUAAGAUCAGGCUACGAGAGACACAAGCGGAACUCAACCAGGUUCGUACUUCCAAAGGCAGCGCCAUCCUCCAGUCACAGUCGAGCACAGAGACGGAGGUGAAAGAGGAGACAACGUCUCCCUCGACUCCAGCCACGUCAGGAGAAGCUGUUGUCAAGACAGAGCCAGAGAACGACUUUUCCACUCAGAACAGCUCAGCCUCCAUAAAAACCGAGGCUGGGGUUGAGGCCGAGCUCAUUGUCAAGGAAGAAGACAAAGAGGAGAAGAAGGAGAGGGAAGAGAAAAAGGACAUCAUCAAGAAGGAAGAAAAGGAGAGAGAGAAAGAAAAGGAGCGAGAGAGGCCGGCCCGCAGUGGCUUGAGCAGUAGCAUGUUGAAAGAGGAGAAGGAGAAGCCGGGGAGCAGUAACCAGCUGGAUGAGCCGGCCAGCGAGCGCCCUACUGUGGUCGGAGGGUCGAAGAGGAAAGAGAUGGAGCAGCUGAAGAUCACUCGCGCUGAACUCAAGAAAGCACAGGAAUCCCAGAGAGAAAUGAAGCUGCUGCUGGACAUGUAUCGCUCGGCGCCCAAGGAGCAGAGAGACAAAGUCCAGCUCAUGGCUGCUGAGAAGAAAGCCAAGUCUGAGGGAGAAGAGCUGCGACAGAGGCUGAGGGAGCUGGAGGAGAGGGAAAGGAGGGAGGGAAAGAAGAUGGCAGACGAAGAAGCGCUCAGAAAGAUCCGCUCUGUGGAGGAGCAGAUCGACAUCCUCAACAAGAAGUUGUCAAUAGCAAAACAGGAGGAGGACGCCCUUCUGAGCGAGAUGGACGUGACGGGGCAGGCCUUCGAGGACAUGCAGGAACAGAACAUUCGCCUGAUGCAGCAGCUGCGCGAAAAAGACGAUGCCAACUUCAAGCUGAUGAGCGAGCGGAUCAAGUCCAACCAGAUCCACAAGCUGCUCAAAGAGGAGAAGGAGGAGCUCGCCGACCAACUGCUCACGCUCAAAACCCAGGUUGAUGCACAGCUGCAAGUGGUCAGGAAGUUGGAGGAGAAGGAGCGCCUCCUGCAGGGCACAAUAAGCACAGCUGAGCGAGAGCUGGCGCUGAGGACACAGGCGCUGGACAUGAAUAAACGAAAGGCUCAGGAAUCUGCGCUGCUGUCGGAGGAGGUGCGGGCUCAACUGGAGCAGGUCCAACAGAGACUCAGCCUGGUCAGAGAGGAGGUAGUGGAGAACAGCCUCUCCAGGGAGAAGGAGUCUUUUAACGCCAGACGAGCCCAGGAGGACAUCUCCAAGAUGAGGAGAAAGAUUGAGAAGGCCAAGAAGCCGGCAGAGAAAAUCAGCAACGGGGACGACAUUCUCAACGAGGAAAUAAGCGAGUACAAGGCCCGGCUAACCUGUCCGUGCUGCAACUCCCGCGUCAAGGACGCGGUGCUGACCAAGUGCUUCCACGUCUUCUGCUUCGAGUGUGUCAAGACGCGCUACGACACGCGUCAGAGGAAGUGCCCCAAGUGCAACGCCGCCUUCGGAGCCAACGACUUCCACCGGAUCUACAUCGGAUAGGAGCGACGGCGACCUCCUCUCCACGCUCCGACAGUGGCUUUUGAACUUAACGCUUUAAUAUUUAGGUUUUUAACGGUGACUGAAUCAGCUGCUCCCACUCAGUCCUCCACUGUGGGGCAGGAGGCUUUAGAGAUUCUGAUUGUAACUGGUGUGUGUGUGUGUGUGUUUAUGUGUGAGUGUGAAGUGUGUUCUGGAAACGCGUUCCAGCUAGGUAAAGUGACAAAAACAUUCCUCCAGACACAUAAGUAGAACUGUGGUGUGAACCUGUUGAUUGUUCUUUGGAAGUUUUCUAAAUUGCAACUUAAAAACAUUCAAAUCUGCCCCACUGACUGAGCCGCCUUGUUCUGUUUUU